AUGGAUAUUGAUGCAUCAUUACCGGUGUGCUUUAACUCUAUUAUUUUGACACAUAUUAGUCCUGAGAUGUGGGAUGAAGAUUUUUUAGAAAAUGAUGAAUCAAAAUGUAAUCAAAGCUUAAUAGAAUUUAUCUCUAAUAUCGAAGAUAUCCAAUUACACAUUCCUUGGACAUUGGCUUUAAGUCAAUCAAUGAGAUCAAUGUUCACUCCAUUUAACUUUCUUGAACAGAUUAACAGUUUUUCAGAUAGUACGAUAUACGGAUGCAUAAUGGCGAUUGAAAAUGAUUACUACAAGUUAUGGAAUGAUUUGUCAAUUUCAAUUUUUAAAGCAUUUGCAAAUGCAGAGCUAUCAACAAAUAGUGAGGAAAAUUUAAAUAAUGAGAUAAUUAUUCGAAAUAAUAGUUGUGGAGAUGGCAAUAUUGAAUCUAAAUAUUAUAUUGAUUUUCAAGAUAGUGUCGAAGCGAUCAUGGAUUUAUUAUAUGAAAGAAAUGAAUUUUUUGCAAUGGAUCAUCAAAUUUCUUCCGCAAAUAAUGAAGAAAUCAAACCUGUAUAUAUCAUUGGAAUUGAUUCAUUGAAAACAUUUUUCAUUGGAGCAUUAUACGAAAGAAUUGAUUGCAUGAUGACGGAUAAUGCAUCGUUUUUCGAAUGCUUUGUUCAUUCAAUUUAUUUGAAUGACAGCUCAAUUUCAAUUAUUGAUGUUGCUAACAUGAUAUUCCAUGAUAUUAUCGAUACAAGAGAGUGGAAAGAUAUUGAAAGAAUAUUAGAUUUGGACACUAUCGAUUUUUUCAAUGGAGUUUUUUGCAUGAUAAGGAUUUACAUUAAGUGUUUAUCAAACUUCUUAACAAUUUAG